AGUUUAAUGUGACUUUGAUUUAUUUUGAGGCUUCCAAUAUAUUGUUACAUUCAUCAUCUCAAUUAUUCCUGUUCAGGAUACCCUAUACAGAGAGUAUGGUAAGCUGCAUCCAGAGGAUCCCCAGGGGAAUCAUCCACAACCGCGAGAUGCAUACACACAUUGGAAUGUGCCCUACAAUCUCAUCACAAUGUUCCAGGGCACUGAUGCAGAUCAUACGUGGCAUUGGUUGGAGGCUAAUGAGAUUCUUACUAUUUGCAAUGUCAACGCGAGUCAUUGGUGCACUGUGGUCAUUUCUAUCGAACGAUGGGAGGUUCGAGUGUAUGAUUCUCUGUCACAUGUUGAAGGGAUCACACAACGUCGACAAGCUUCAAUGAGGUGCAUAACUCGUUUGAUGCCUAGAUUGUUGCACACUGUGGGGUAUUGGGAUAACAAUCCCAACAGGUUUGUCCAUGCUGCUGAUGCAGAGAUGGCGUAUGUGAUGAUGCCCCACAACCAGCAAUUUGUGCAACAGGACAGCCUUAGUUGUGGUGUGUAUGCACUACAAGAAAAACGCCAAUAG